AUAUAAUGAUGCAACCUAUACCGAAAAUUGUACCAUACAUAUAAUAAUGGUGGAAGAAUUUAGGAUUUGGUCAAAUUUUGAUUUUGAUUAUGUAAGUUGGAUUAUUGUUUAUAAAUGGAUGUGGAUAUGAAAUAGAGAAUAAAUUGAUCUAGCAUAAUUUAUUAGUAUAUUAAGGAGAUUAUUGGAGAUUAUUAACUUCUUUAUUAUAUUCAAGUAAUGUUAGAUCUAUUGUAAUAGUUGAUUAUGUUCAAAUUUUAUAGAAUUGGUUAAUUUUUUAACUAAUAACAAAUAAUUAUGAAACAAUAGUAGGAAGUGCAUAUUUUAUAUUGGAUAUAUUUUUUAAGAAUUUUAUAUUAGAAUUGGUAUAUUUUUUGGUGAAUUAUGGAUUAUCAUGUUAUGAUGUAUAAUAAAUUUAUACAUACAGUUAUGGGUUAGGAGGAUUAACAAUGUAUUAUUUAUGUAGUAAGUAAGAAAAUAAUAAAUUUAUAAAGAUUAAUUGGAUCACCAUAUAAGAAGAUGAGUUUUUACUUUUUUUAAAUACAAAACAUUUAUUUAAUAUUGGUAAUACCAUUGAGUGUAUUUUAUUAUACAGAAGAUUGGAUAUAUAUAUUUGGAUUUCAGUUAGCAAUAUUUGAAUGGUUUUAUUUUGAUGGGAUGAUCCUAAGAUUGUCAAAUGUAUUGUUGUAAUAAUGAUAGAACUAUAUAGAGAAGAUAUCAUAUGUAUUUGGUGAAUUUAGACAGAAGGAUUGUUUUAAGAGGGCAAUUUAAAGUAUGAAAGAAGCUAAAUAAUAUGUUUAAUCAGAAUAAGAUUUUACUUAAUUAAGUGAAUAGGAUUUUGGAGGUAGAGGAAUAUUGAUAGGAAUGAGUGAGGAUGAAGAGAAACAAUCCAGAUUGUAUGACUAGAAUAGAUAUUAAUAAAUAUGA